GGUAGUCUUGAUCAUGUGGGCGUGGUAUGUAAACAAACUCAUGCGAGCCGAGAUCCGCCUCUUUUCGAUUUCGGAGUUCAGACGAUCAAUAUAUUUCACACAAUUAUUAGGUUUCCAUGCCAUAUAGGACCUCUUUGUUUCGGUUGAAGCAAUGCUGAAGUUGAUUAGAGCAGCAUGCUUACAUUAUAACCACCCUACAUCACUCCGUGCUACUGUUACUGGUACGAUUCGUGGACGGAUGAGGAUGUCAACCCCUGAUACCGCAAAUCGCUCAUCAUCAAAAGCAAGAGAUGACUGCCAACAUUAUUUACGACAGAGUGCGCAAGAAAUAUUUGAAGCUGGAGUGGAAGCCGUUCUUCCAAGUCAGAUGGUCAAAGAUGCUCUGUGUUUUGAAGGCAGUAGACUGUGCGUUAAUGGACAAGAGUAUGCGGUCAAUAAGAAUGUUCACAUCGCUGCCUUUGGUAAAGCAGUGGCUGGGAUGGUGAGAGCAGCUGAAGAUAUCCUAGGUGAUGAGGUGGUUGAUGGCAUUGCAAGUGUACCAUUUGGAAUUCAGAAGACUCUGAUAGGUCACAACAAAGAAGCUCUCCUGCCGAGGUCAGAUUCAAAGGUCAAGAUGAUAGAAGGUGCAAAGGACAAUCUUCCAGAUUCAGAUUCAUUACGAGCUGCUGAAGAAAUCUCGAGACUGGCCAACAAGCUAACUGAACGUGAUAUCCUCUUAGUAAUGAUUUCAGGUGGAGGAUCUGCUCUGCUUCCGUCACCCAUCCCGCCCAUUACUCUGGCUGAGAAACUAAACGUCAUCAACCUACUAGCAAGGAGAGGAGCCACAAUUGAACAACUCAAUACAGUGAGAAAGAAUCUCUCAACACUCAAGGGUGGAAGGCUAGCCACCAUUGCAAGACCUGCAAAGGUUAUUAGCUUGAUUCUAUCCGACAUCAUCGGAGACCCCAAAGAUUUGAUUGCAAGUGGACCGACUGUACCAGACUCUUCAACAACUCAAGACUGUUUGAAGAUCUUCCAAGAGUUUUCAAUCCCUAGAGUUGAGAUACCUUCUUCAGUUCUGGAAGUCCUUGAUAGGCCAGACAAUCAUUCAAACUCUGAACCGUUAAGUGCCUUUUCUCAUGCUAAUAAUGUGAUCAUUGGAAGUAACUCAAUCGCAGUAGCUGCAGCAAAGAAGAAGGCAGAAGCCAUCGGUUUUGAGACAGUGAACAUAUCAAAUGCAAUGGAUGGCGAAGCAAGGCACGUUGCAGCCUUGUUUGCUGAUUUAGCCAAGUAUGUUUGUGAUAGAUAUACAGCAGGAUCUACCGGUGGAAAGGCAUUUGCAGAAUGCUUCAGGGUUACCAAAGACAAGGUUCAAGAACUUGAGGAUACUUUAGAGGUGGCUGUCCAAGGAAACAAGCCAGUUUGUUUAAUUAGUGCAGGAGAAACUACUGUGACUGUCAAAGGGAAGGGAAAGGGUGGUAGGAACCAGGAACUAGCUUUGGCUGCAGGAAUCGCAAUGAAAGAAUCCUCAGCCUUGCAGACUUACAACAAAGAUGGGUUCCGUGUGGCCCUCCUCUCCGCUGGGACAGAUGGACAGGAUGGACCUACAGAUGCUGCAGGAGCCAUUGCUGACCUUAGUCUAGUCACCAGAGCCUGUGAAUCAGGUUUAGAUCCUGCAAGGUACCUGGACAACAAUGAUUCUUAUACAUUCUACAGAACAUUCGACCAAGGACGUAACCUGGUGAUGACUGGUUUGACUGGGACAAAUGUAAUGGACAUCCAAAUACUCCUUGUCUAUCCACCCCAUAGGUCUCUCUGAUAUUACCAAGGUCAAUGUAAUACAGGUACCUUUAAUACACUUUGUUCAAUGUCUGCAAUGUACCAUGUUAAAUGUUCAUGGAUGGCUUUGAUAAGGCUUAACAGGUGAAAUUAAGAUGAAAUUCAUCGCUGCCACAUUACCCAUUGCAACAGGGCCUCUGUUAGCACUAACAAUGUUUCUGUGAGGUCAGUACAGAGCUUUAUUACUUCUUAGGAGUAAAAAUAUUGACUCUUUCAGAUUUCGAGAUGUGAUUCAAUAUUUUGAUUUUGGCACAGUGAAAUUUAAAUGAAAUAUCUCUCGGAUUUUGCAUCUUGGUCUCGACGUUUGUGUGUGACGUUGAGACAGUCAUGCAGAGACCUAACAUCAUCACUCAAUGUUGAGCUGUUGAUGAUGUAAUUGGUUUCAUCUUUCUGAACUUAAUUUGCUGUUUCAUCAAAGGUCAGAAGUCCUUUUCACACUCUCAAUACCACCACCAAACUUGAAAUCCUACCCAUUCAUUGGACCAUUCAGCAACAAAACAUAUCAGGGAACUUUUCUACUGCUAAACUACUUUCCAAAAUUAUAUAUAUUUCAUGUUUGGAAGAAAUUGUUUUCAUGACAAGAAAAUGUAAGUUUGUAUAUUGUCUAAAUCCCCAUAAAGAAUGUGAAUAAUGAUCUAACAUUGUAUGCACUUGAGAGGUAUAUAUUGCACAGGUUAAAGUUCAAUAUUCAUGGUAAUGAAUGCAAUAUAUCUCAUAUACCACAAAAGAAUUCCAAUAUCAAUAUUGGUAUAUGACUAUAUGUAAAAACUAUUUUCAUAAUGCAGCAAUACAUUCAUUUUUAUUUUCCUCCAUUGAUACGGGUAAUUAAUGAAUCCUACAUUAGAUAGGCAAUAUAUUAAUAAUAUCGCAUGCAGGCAACCAAACAUCUGGAAGGAUAGUUAAUGCAAGGAUUUAUUUUAUCGAAAAGGUUGCUUGUAUAGUUGUAUGUGUAAUAAUCAGUGGUAAUUCAAAAGGAAUUUAUGCAUUGAAAUUGUGUAUUGUGUGUAACACCCUCUCUGCUAAAUUCAGGGAAAUUAUUUUGCAUUAUUACCCGUCUGAGCUGGUCAUUUACGCAACCAUGUUGCCUAGAUUUUCUGAAUAUUGAGAAGGGUAGUAUUUGUAUUUUUUCUUGGUAUCUAUACGCGUACUGACUUUGCAUGCAGAGAUGAUGCAAAUGUACCUUGGUAUUUUCCCUGGUCUCACAUCCGGGCAUUUGAGGAUGCAGAGAAAAAGAUACGCUUCAUAAUGAUCCGCGCAGCAACAAUAUACGUCAAAAUAAAGACGACGCUGAAGACGGAUGCUGGAUAUGCAUCCCUAGGGACCUGAUGUUAUAAUUACAAGUACGUUAUAACGGUAAAGUGCAGAGCCUCGAUAGCCCCUGAUUAUAAAUGACACAAUAGAAGUUAGAACCCUAUUUUCAUGAUUUUUGCUGUAGAUGUCUGAUUUGAAUGAUAAUGAAAAUAUUGACUGGCUCUUCUAUCAGGGAACAUCAAAUAUAUUGCCCUCAAAAGAAUUUAAAGAACCAUAUUGCCAUCGUCUAAAACUUGGGCCAAUAUCACUCUGUUGCGGGCAAUAUAUUUGAAGUUCGCUCAAGGCCAGUCAAUAUUUUAUAAUUAUUGUCAAGCAGAGACUACUGAUCCAGUACAGUGUAAACAUUUACAUGUAAUGUAUGUAUUAUCUAUAGUUUUGAUCAUCUGUUGAUUCAAAUGGGAAUUAUUGCAAUAAACAAUCAUGCAUUAAUGUGAAAGGUAAAUAAAGAAAAAAAAAACAAUUGACAGCACUGAAAUUUUCUUGAAAUACAUUUAUUUGAAAUCUUA